AUGACAUCGCGUUUAGUCCCCGACUACGAGGUCAAGGUCCUUCUGAAGUGCGAAGAAGUACUUGGAUCGAGCAACAAGCUCAACGACGCAGUCCAGUCAGAGUUUGACAUCGUGCCGGGCACAAAAAAAAUGAAUAUUCAAUUCGUGGACACUGAGAAAAAAGCCAUAUAUAGCAGCGGCUGGAACCUGCGUAUCCGGAAGACAGAAGGUAAAAACAACUUCGAGUUGACGUACAAGAAGCGUUAUCCAGUUCAGGAGGGAGACUCUAGUACCGCUGAAGGCAACAUUAAUACAGCACUCGAGACGGUACUGCAAGAAGGUUUCAACUCGGCAACUACCUAUAAAGCGCAGGUUGAGGUCGGGUACCAGGAGCAAACUCUCUCCAUCAGCUACGAUGCGAAACUUCCUGACGAGGGAUUCGAAGGAAUGGACCUGCCCGGUCCGGAAGACUCGCGCAAGUUUUUCACCGAGAAUGCACCUAAAGAAUUUAAGAAUUGGUCCUCCGACAACUGGGGUACGCAGCAUCUCGCUAACUCCAUAAUUUACGGGCCAGUGCAUGCCAAGCGGUUCGAAGGUACUUGGGACGGGUUCAAGCUCUUCAUUGAAGUGUGGCCAGUUCGAAAGCGCAGGACGGAUGCGAGCCUUGAGCCCAUCGUCGAGGCGUCAUUUAAGACAUCUGACUUGAAGAAGGCGCUGGAGGGACGCGCUCGACUCAUCAAAUCUUUACAAAAAAGAGCGUGGCUCCUAGAGAAGGAUUCUCUGAAGACAAAGCUUAUCAUGGAACGGUACGGAACGUCGAACGAGUAA